CCGGCUGCGGACGCCUGCGAGCAGGUUGUUGUUUUUAUGAGAGGCGUCACUGCUCUCGGAGCUGUGACCGCCGCCACCGCGACAGCUAACGCCGUCGGGCGGAGGUGGCGCUGCUCCUUCAGACCUGAAAAAUGUCUGAAAAUUCCAGUGACAGUGAUUCAUCUUGUGGUUGGACUGUCAUCAAUCAUGAGGGGUCUGAUAUAGAGAUGGUGAAUUCUGAACAUGGUGCAGCCAAUGACAGCUGUGAGCUCACCCCAGAAUGUUCAUCUUUAUCACAAGAGGAGCUACAAGUAUUGCAGUUAGAGCAGGGAGAGAGCAGCCAGAAUGGCACAGUGUUAAUGGGAGGAACUACUUAUCCAGCGUUGGAGGAAAUGAAGUCAGCACUUGAGGGAGAGGAAGAAAAGUUACCUGAUGACAAUCUCUAUUUUGGAACUGUCAGUGAUGAUUCUGAUAUUGUUACACUUGAGCCACCUAAGUUAGAAGAAACUGGGAAUCAAGAAGAAACAAUAAUUGUUAAAGAAGCAGAGAGUCCAGAAGACUUUAACAUGGGCUCUUCCUCUAGCAGCCAGUACACGUUUUGUCAGCCAGAAACUGUAUUUUCAUCUCAGCCUAGCGAUGACGAAUCAAGUACUGAUGAAACCAGUCAUCAGCCCAGUCCGGCCUUUAGACGACGCCGUGCUAGGAAGAAGACUGUUUCUAGUUCAGAAUCUGAAGAAAGGUUACUUGCUGAACAAGAAACUGAACCUUAUAAGGAGCCGUGUAAACGUCAGUUCAAUAGUGGUCUCAAUAAAUGUGUUAUACUUGCUUUGGUGAUUGCAAUCAGCAUGGGAUUUGGACAUUUCUACGGCACAAUUCAGAUUCAGAAGCGUCAACAGUUAGUCAGAAAGAUACAUGAAGAUGAAUUGAAUGAUAUGAAGGAUUAUCUUUCCCAGUGUCAACAGGAACAAGGGUCGUUUAUAGAUUUUAAGUCAUUGAAGGAAAACCUUGCAAGGUGUUGGACCCAUACUGAAGCAGAGAAAAUGUCCUUUGAAACUCAGAAAAAGAACCUUGAUACAGAAAAUCAGUAUCUAAGAAUAUCUCUGGAGAAGGAAGAAAAAGCCUUAUCUUCAUUACAGGAAGAGUUAAGGAAACUAAGAGAACAGAUUAGGAUAUUGGAAGAUAAAGGGACAAGUGCUGAAUUAUUUACAGAAAAUCAGAAACUUAAGCAGCAUUUGGAAGAAGAAAAGCUGAAAACAGAAAGCUUCCUUAAUCAAAAGGAGACUCUGUUGGCAGAAGCAAAGAUGCUAAGGAGGGAACUGGAAAGAGAACAACUAAUAACCAUGGCUUUAAGGGUGGAACUCCAGCAGCUAAGCUCUAGUCAGUCAUAUAGCAACCCAGACUCUCCCAGUGUAGUGACUGAAAACAAGGAAAUAGAAGUGUUACGGGAAAGACUUACUGAGCUGGAGCGCAAGCUAAACUUUGAACAGCAGCGUUCUGACUUGUGGGAAAGACUGUAUGUUGAAGCAAAAGAUCAAAAUGGAAAACAAGAAACUGAUGGAAAAAAGAAAGGGAACAGAGGAAACCACAGAGCUAAAAAUAAGUCAAAGGAAACAUUUUUGGGUUCUGUUAAGGAAACAUUUGAUGCCAUGAAGAAUUCUACCAAGGAGUUUGUGAGGCAUCAUAAAGAAAAAAUUAAACAGGCUAAAGAAGCUGUAAAAGAAAACCUGAAAAAAUUCUCAGAUUCAGUUAAAUCCACUUUCAGGCAUUUCAAAGACACCACCAAGAAUAUCUUUGAUGAAAAAGGCAAUAAAAGAUUUGGUGCUACAAAAGAAGCAGCAGCUAAAAAACCAACAACAGUUUUUAGUGAAUAUUUAUAUCCACAGUAUAAGGCACAUACACAAAACCAGAAUAGUAGAGGCCCUACUACGCAAAGAGAGAGAAGGAAAGAAAAGCCUCAUUUUGAAGAAUUUGGAAAAAAUACACAUUCACAGAAAUGCAGUGCUGAGCAUGACUGUGGUGAAAAUUAUAAUUCUUUCAGAAAGGCUUGUUCUGGUGUUUUUGAAUGUGCUCAACAGGAAUCCAUUAACCUUUUUAAUGUUAAAAUGUUGAAUCCUGUAAGGAUAGAUGAAUUUAGACAGUUAAUUGAAAGGUAUUUAUUAGAAAAACUGGAUAGUUUUCAUCAUUGGAAAGAACUUGAUCACUUCAUCAAUAAGUUUUUCCUAAAUGGUGUCUUUAUACAUGAUCAGAAGCUCUUCACUGACUUUGUUAAUGAUGUUAAAGAUUAUCUUAAAGACAUGAAGGAAUAUCAAGUAGAUAAUGAUGGAGUAUUUGAGAAGUUGGAUGGAUAUAUGUAUAGACACUUCUUUGGUCACACCUUUUCCCCUCCAUAUGGACCCAGUCGACCAGAUAAAAAGCAACGUAUGGUAAAUAUUGAAAGCUCCAGGCAUCGAAAACAAGAGCAGAAGCACCCUCAGCCACAACCUUAUAAAAGGGAAGGUAAAUGGCAUAAAUAUGGUCGCACUAAUGGAAGACACAUGGCAAACCUUGAAAUAGAAUUGGGGCAAUUACCUUUUGAUCCUAAAUAUUGACCAUCACGAUUACGUUAAAUUAGAAAACUGUAACAGAAACUUGGAUGCUUUCUAUACUGUUUGGUGUUGAAACUAAGAUGAAAUUAUCAAGAUAACAAUGUCUUUUUAUCAUUUUUAAGUAUCAGUUUGAUGAUUUUAUAUUAUUACUCAGAAGCAUCAAGCAAAAGCUUACUAACUUGCAUUUUCCUGUAGUUUAGCUUUGCUGAAUUUUUUUUGGCACUGGAAAUGUUCAACUGUAGAUUUAUUAAGGAAGCCAGGCGUGCAACAGAUUUUGUGCAUGAAAUGAGGCUUCCUUUCAGUGUAUGAGCUUAAAGCAAGCUCAAAUCAUACAUGACAAAGUGUAAUUAACACUGAUAUUUGUGUUAAAUUUCCAGUAGAGCUUGAAAAAAGUACAUUGCGAUGGAAUUUCAUCCUAACAUUUUAUAAUCUUACACUUCUUGUCUUUUUGUGGGUUCAAGAGCCCGUUGACUUGUGAAGAAUUUGCUGCCUUAUGAGCUUGCUGACUUGUUCUCUUGUGAAAUUUCUUGCACAUCUGAAUAUUGUGGAAGAAACAAUAAAACUACACCAUGAGGAAAA